CUCGAAUCCAUGGGGGUUGGCAGAAACUAGGGCUGGAAAGAUCCGUCGCUGCCUGUCGCCAGAUUAUAUUCGAACGGGAACUCUAGACAUUCCCCUCCUCGCGGGUCGAAAGGAGUUCGUUAGGCGGCCAAUAUCUUCGUAUUACAACAUGCUCUUCCUCGCCACCCUUACCCUCUUUAUGCGGCAGGUGGACGCCAUACCGGUGUCUACCAUCGUCACGGAGGGUAUUUCCAGGCGCUUCGAGUAUCAGCCCAAUCCGACACCCACCCCCCCUGCUGUUGCUUUGAGAAGAGUUAAAGAUGGGAUAGUCAGCAGAGGCAAAUGCGCAGGCUGGGAUGAGAACCCUACUGGGCCCUCGCCUUGCGAGAUCGGAUCCAAACGUGACCCAAAUCGGAUCGAACCCGUUGCUCUGUGCGUGGCUCUCGACGAACCGGUGGAUAUUGUCCACACAGCGAGUUUAGACCACAGCUCACGCCGUCUCGGUCAGGGCGAUACUGCGAGGUUGCAGACAAGGCGCUGGCCGUCGCCAUCAGAAUUGCCCUAUGGCUUAACGACCAGCUAUACUAGACCACCAACGAAGGAGACACACACGACAGUUAUCUCGUACAGGCACAGCGAACCCGAUCGAAGUAACGACACAACGCUUGGCAGGGACGCAACGGCGUCGAGUCUUCCUUUAGCGAAAACAAUAUACCACAGGAACGCGGUCGGAUCACGCGGAGCCGCUAGCCAGUCCGGCAGCGAAGCCGGCGACGGCUGGUCGGGGGCGGAUAUUGUCGUGGUCGUGUGCUCGAUUGUGAUCGGACUACCGGCGACGGUCGCUGGCAUCGUCGCCGCCUACAUAGCUGUCAAGCAGUGGCGUAAAGAGGAGAGUUCCUUCCGCGUAGCCAAGUUGCUGCCUCGCUUCUCGUGGAGGAAACGGGAAUCUGCCUCCACGAAGCCGUCGCCGUGGUUCCGGAGUCAUAAAAAAGAAGAGCGGAGAUGUCUCCCGUGGCGGUAACGGCAUGGCUACAUGAGAACAGACAUAUAUAGAUGAACGGGAUAACGGAACAAGACCGCCUAAAAAUGCGAAGGUUCAAAAUUUUCAAGAAGAUCUGGGGAGAUACGAGUCUAUAACCUAGUAUCAUUGGUCGGUAUAUCAGCAUAGUGGCUGAAAGGUAUCUGAUAGUGAAGCUAGUUAUACCAUCCCCAAACCCCUGCGGUCUCUCAACUAAAGGUGGAUGACACAUAUUAUGACCCCAGAGUGGGAGUUGUAGCACCAUUCGCAACCACUAGUGCAAGCAAGGGAGGGGAUAAGAAGAAUAUGGAUAAAAAUAGGGUAUGACAACGCCUGCCGCCUCAUCGCCUCGG